CGGAUCCCUGCUGCCUGCUGAUGGAUCAGGAACCGGAUUUUGAUGGGCUGUUGUGGUUCUUCUCAUUCUUUGGCUUCGCGCGUCCCUAUUUGGAUGUGUUUUCUUGUGUAUUCGACCAUGAUAGUCGGCACAGUUUACUAGGGGAGCUUGUUUGGUUGCGGAGAGGAAUUGAUCCUCUUUUGCUUGUUUCGGCAGUCCACUGCUUGGCGAUUAUUGCUGGGGAUUAUCGUGGUUUGGUGUAGACGGCUUUUUGCAAUCUGCAUUGCUGGAUUAGCUUCCUAAGAAAUUCGUUCUUAGGUUUUUUUCAUUGGAGAAAAUGCAUCUCAAGUUCUUUAUUUUUGUGUCUUUACUAGGAGAGAAAUAGGACGGAAAGAAACGAUGAAACAAGUUUAUCAUUUGAGUAGAAUGAAAUAAAGUUGGAGUUUUCAAUAAAUGCAAGCUAAGCAAGUAAGGAUAUUACUUUCUACCUUUCAGUUAUAGUAAACAUAGUGCGAUGGAAGUGAAAGUGAGGAUGCUUUUAGGGCAAAAAUCAAAAGGGUGCCCACUAUAAUCAUUAUGCCCAUUUUCAAAUAAUAUUAAAUUUACUAUAACCCAACUCAAUUGCCUUGAUAAAUAGAUCGAGAGCUGAACCCAUUAAAAGGUGACGAUUUAGUUUAGGUCAUUUCCACCCAACUCUGAAGUUUUUCCUUGUCCGCUCAUGUUUCCACUACACCUUGCCAUUUGAUCAUGCUUUCUCUUCGUUCUUUGUCAGUUUUCUGUGAAAAAUUCUUCAAAAGUAUGGUUACUAGCUUGAUACUUUAAGUGGUUUAGGCUUAGGGUUUUAAGUCAUUCCAAAGAGCAUGUAAAGUCAAUGCAAUGCUACAUUGAUAAUCAAGACUCAAUGGUCAAAGAUUAAUGCAACUUACAACUCUCUAGGUUCCAACAUAGCAUUUGAUUGAUUGAAGGUGCAACUUGAGUUGUUUCUAAUAAUGUAACAAUUUUCGGCAAAAGUGCUACAACAUGUAGACUGAUUUGUGGAGUUGUAAGAUGUAAUAGUCUUGCACAUGUGAUCAAUUUUGCUUCUUGUAAAAGUUUAAACCUUAUGCUUGAUGUAUUAAUUUUGUUUAAAACUGAUCCAAAUUAGAGUUCUUUAGGCCAAAAUUGCUCCAUCAAGUUUUGAACUCCUAUAUGAUCAAUAGCUUUCGUUGUUGUAUGGAGUAAUGAUUGCAUUUGUUUUGCAGUACUAAAUGGCAUCAAGUUCUUCAGACUCAGGCAACGACUCAUUUACUUAUUACAGAAGCACUGCCUCGCGUGCAUAUAGAAAGAAAAUGCAAUGGAAAAGUAAUCUUUUUCAGUUUAGGUCCUUUAUCACAUCUGUAGGACCUAGUGAUAGUCACAUAGAGAGGCUCAGCAAAACUCCCUUUUCAUGGGUUUUAGACAUCCCAGAGAGUCCCAACAUUAGAGGAUUUGCCCAGAAUAUGUUUUAUAAUUGGGAUUGUGAAGCCAAAUGCUUCAUCUUUCAGGAUGUUCAGCUGAGCUUCACAAAGAGUGAUAUUUCACUCAUUUUGGGAUUGCCAGAUUAUGGAGAUGUAGUUCCUAUGCAUGUAGAUGCAGCCUUCAGCCAACUUUACUUGCAACAUUUUCAAGAUAGUCAUUGUUCAAAGAAUGAUCUUGAAAAAAAGCUAAUACAAAUUAGAAGGGAAACAAAUCCUGCAUCUGUUAUUUUGUUUUGUAAAUUUUUCAUAUUGUAUUUUUUUGUUUGUGUUUUUUUCACUACAACUAGUAGUAUAUAUAAAUUACCAGCAUUAUCGCUCAUAGACUGUGUAGAUGACCUUGAUAAUUUAGGCAAAUUCAAUUGGUGUGAGGCCCUCUACAACUACAUGGAACCUCAAAUGGAGGCCAUUGGUAUGGUUCUCUCAUUGAGAUCUAAGCCACAGUGCCUUGAGCCCACUAAAAAGCCAAUGCUCAAGGGAUUUGCACGUCUCUUAGCUGUAUGGAUGUCUGAGCAUAUCCCAAUUGAAAGACCUCACAAUCCUUAUGUCAUUCCAAGAAUUUGCAGAUGGAAGUGGAGAGUCUAACGUGUUGGAAAAGUAAAGAGAAUGAUUGAACAACUCCCAUCAAACCAAAUCAUUGUUGAUUUACUACCUUCAGAAUCAGAGUUGCCUUUGAUAUCUAAUGGUGCCCUGCCACCUGUCCUUGCAAAAGAU